AUGCAGGUAUUAUUGUCUCUGCCCGAGCGAGAAGAAAGUCGGGAGUUCCUGGGAUUCGCUCUUGCAAGAAAUUUCUGGUGGCGACAGUUGAGACAAAUUCGAGGAGACCACCUCAUCAACCCUGUGAACAUCUACCAGAUGGGUGUCAUGAGUCCAACAUCAAUGGCUGGGCGAGCAUUGGUGGUGUGGGAUUUCGACUGGAGUUUGAUCAACAAGGACAGUGACGAGACACUGGUCAAAGGCAUCGGUGCCCACCAUAUUUUCGAAAGGCUUAUCCACGGUGGAAUGCACUGGAACCAAUCCAUGGACCUCACCCUCCUUGCUGCCCACGAUGAUAUGGGCGUGUCCAAACAAGAUGCACUGGAUGCACUGAUGACGCUGCCCUUGGAGAAAUCCACCAAAGAGGUGAUACAAAAGCUGGCCUUGCUGGACACCUGUGACCAGAUCAUCCUGAGCGAUGCCAAUUACGUGUCCAUUCUGUCGGUCCUGCAGCAGCACGGCAUUGAGGACUGCUUCAUGGAUGUGCACACCAACCCAGCAGAGUUUCGUGCGGGGGCCUUGCGCGUUUCCCCAUACCACAAGUCCGACCACGGCUGCACCACCCUGAAGGGCACCGCCUGCCCACCCAACAUGUGCAAGGGAAAGGUGCUUGAGGGGUUCCUCCUUGAGAAUAACUACAAUAUGGUGGCAUAUGUGGGCGAUGGGCAAGGAGAUUUCUGUGCCUGCACGCGCCUGGGCCCCCGGGACCUCAUCUUCGCUCGUACAGCCUACCCAGGCAACCCCCCGGAGAACUGUGCGCUGCUGAAGAUGCUGAAGUCCAACGGCGCUGCCGUCAUCUCCGACGAGCAGAAGAGCAGCGCCUUCUUCAAGAGCGCCAGCACGGGCGACCUGCAGCACAUGUUGGCGCCCAACAACCGGGUGCGCAGCGAGAGGAUCGCCAGCCAAGUUGUGCCAUGGUCCGACCCGGACGAACUGGCGUCGUGCCUGACCAAAUUGGCCAGCGGCUGGGCCUGA